GCCGCCGCGCCCGGCAGCAGUGGCCCUGUAGCCGCCCCACGGGCCUGUGCUACCCUUGCAGCGGCACGGUUCAUCCCCGGCGCCCGCCACCAUGGAUGUGUACCCUCCGCACCGGCUGGGGCUGCCCCGCGCGCGGUUCCCCGGCGGCCCCGGCCGCGGGUCGCCCUCCGUCAGCUGUAGCCGACUCCGCCAGGUUCAGAGCAUCCUGACCCAGAGCAGCAAGUCUCGACCUGACGGGAUCCUCUGCAUCCUAGGAAUCGAUAGUAGGUACAAUGAAGGCUGCAGAGAGCUGGCAAAUUAUCUUCUGUUUGGUUUGUACAAUCAGAAUACCAGUGAUUUUGAGAAAACGGGGUUUUCUGAAGAAGUCCUAGAUGAUGUAAUUAUAUUGAUUAAAUCAGACAGUGUCCAUCUGUACUGUAAUCCCGUGAACUAUCGCUAUCUCUUACCCUACGUGGCACAUUGGAGAAAUCUGCAUUUUCACUGCAUGACCGAAAAUGAGUAUGAAGAUGAGGAAGCUGCAGAAGAAUUUAAAAUUGCCAGCUUUGUGGACAUGGUUCGAGACUGUAGUAAAAUUGGCGUUCCUUACAGCUCCCAAGGUCACUUGCAGAUAUUUGAUAUGUUUGUAGUGGAGAAGUGGCCAAUUGUACAGGCUUUUGCACUUGAGGGCAUUGGAGGGGAUGGAUUUUUUACCAUGAAAUACGAGUUGCAGGAUGUGAGUUUGAAUCUAUGGAAUGUCUACAGCAAGAUGGAUCCUAUGUCUCUGGAGAGUUUGCUUUCAGAAGAUUUGGUGGCUUUUGAACAUCAGUGGACUAGCUUCUUCGCUAAUUUUGACACAGAAAUUCCUUUCCUGCUGGAACUUUCUGAAUCUCAGGCGGGUGAGCCAUUCAGAAGUUAUUUCAGUCAUGGAAUGAUCUCCAGCCAUAUAACGGAAAACAGCCCUAAUCGGCAGCCAUUCGUUCUCUUUGGUAAUCACUCCACACGAGAAAACCUGAAUGCUGGCAGCUUCAACUUCCCCUCUGAAGGGCACCUGGUACGCAACACUGGUUCCAGUGGGAGCUUUGCCAAACACAUGGUAGUACAGUGUGUCUCACCAAAGGGACCCCUUGCUUGUUCAAGGACAUACUUUUUUGGAGCUACUUACAUUCCUUACUUGGGUGAUGACAACAAGCUGCCCAAGAAAACUGAACAAAUUAGGCUCUUGUCCCAGGUAUAUGCUGCUGUUAUUGAGGCUGUUCUGGCUGGUAUUGCAUGUUACGCUAAAACUUCCAGUCUAACAAAGGCCAAGGAGGUAGCUGAGCAGGUCCUGGUGUCUGGGUUAGAUGCCUUUGAGUCACUCCAGUUUAAGGCAGCCGUACGCUCCAAGAUGGCUUUUCAUAUACAUGCUGUGAAUAAUCAGGGAAGAAUCGUGCCUCUGGACAGUGAAGAUAGCUUAUACUUUGUGAAGACGGCUUGUAUGACUGUCUAUGACAUUCCGGACUUGCUGGGAGGAAGGGGGUGCUUAGGAUCUGUGGUCUUCUCAGAAUCAUUUUUAACAUCUCAGAUCUUGGUGAAAGAAAAGGAUGGCACUGUUACCACAGAAACCAACUCCAUAGUCCUGACUGCCGUCAUACCCAGAUUCUGCUCCUGGCUGGUAGACGAUAAUGAAGUAAAAUUGUCUGAGAAAACCCAGCAAGGAGUGAAGGGGGAUGAAUGUUUCCUGGGUACUUUUCUAACAGGAGGAGAAGGAGCAUAUCUUUAUCCCAGCAAUCCACAGUGCUGGCCUGAGGAAGGGAAAGUGUAUUUCUUCUCUAGUGGCCUUCUGUUUUCUCACCGUCACCAUGGAAGUAUCAUCAUUUCCAAGGAUCACGUGAAUUCCAUUUCAUUCUAUGAUGGGGAUUCCUCCAGUAUUGUUGCUGCCCUUCUGAUAGACUUCAGAAACUCGUUACUUCCUCAUCUUCCAGUUCAUUUUCAUGGAUCAAGCAAUUUUCUGAUGAUUGCCCUUUUCCCCAAAUCAAAGAUAUACCAAGCAUUUUACUCAGAGGUCUUCUCCCUCUGGCAACAGCAGGCUAACUCAGGGCUGUCUUUAAAAGUGAUCCAGGAAGAUGGAUUAUCUGUGGAACAAAAGAGAUUACACUCCAAUGCACAGAAGCUAUUCAGUGUCCUGAGCCAUUCUGCCGGGGAGAAAUGGAGUCCUCUAAAGCUCCUCUCAGCUAAACUCCCAGAUCUGGACUGGUUUCUCCAGCAUUUCGCUGUCAGCAGCGUUAGUCGGGAGCCUGUGGUGAGGACCCAUCUCCCUGUCCUGUUGCAGCAAACUGAAAUCAACCCUACUCACCGAGUAGGAAAUGACAAGGUCAUUAUCAGCAUUGUAACUGGCCUCCCGGGCUGUCAUGCUAGCGAGCUCUGUGCUUUUCUGGUCACUCUGCAUAAGGAAUAUGGCAGGUGGAUGGUAUACCGCCAAAUCAUGGAUAGCUCCGAAUGUUUUCAUGCUGCCCAUUUCCAGAAGUACCUUUCCAGUGCCCUGGAGGCCCAACGGAACCACUCUGCCCGCCAGUCAGCCUACAUCCGCAAGAAGGCCAGAAUGCUGGUGGUAUUACAAGGUUACACAGAUGUUAUUGAUGUUGUCCAGGCCCUGCAAACCCAUCCAGACUCAAAUGUCAAGUCCUCCUUCACCAUUGGUGCCAUCACGGUGUGUGUGGAGCCCCUGAGCUGCUACAUGGAGCACAGAUUUCUCUUUCCUAAAUGUCUUGACCAGUGUUCGCAAGGCCUGGUGAGUAAUGUGGUGUUCACCAGUCACACCACAGAGCAGAGACAUCCUCUCCGUGUUCAGCUGCAGAGCCUCAUCCGGGCUGCCAAUCCUACAGCUGCCUUCAUUCUUGCAGAAAACGGGAUCGUCACCAGGAAUGAAGACAUUGAGCUGAUUCUCUCAGAAAAUAGUUUUUCAAGUCCUCAGAUGCUGCGAUCUCGAUAUUUAAUGUAUCCUGGCUGGUACGAAGGUAAAUUUGAUGCUGGAUCAGUCUUUCCACUAAUGGUUCAGAUCUGCGUGUGGUUUGGUCGUCCCUUAGAAAAGACUCGCUUUGUGGCCAAGUGUAAAGCAAUUCAGUCCUCCAUCAAGCCAAGUCCCUUCUCUGGAAACAUCUACCACAUCCUGGGCAAAGUGAAGUUUUCAGACUCUGAGAGGACCAUGGAGGUCUGCCACAACACUCUGGCCAAUUCCUUGAGCAUCGUGCCAGUUUUGGAGGGACCCACACCACCACCCAACUCCCGAGGCACUCCUCAGGACAGCAGCGGGCAGCAGGAGUGUUACCUCGUGUUCAUCGGCUGCUCCCUGAAGGAAGAAAGCGUCAAGGACUGGCUGCGGCAGUCAGCUAAGCAGAAGCCUCAGAGGAAAGCCCUGAAGACCAGGGGAAUGCUGACCCAGCAGGAGAUCAGGAACAUCCAUGUGAAACGUCACCUAGACCCCCUACCCGCAGGCUACUUUUAUAAUGGCACCCAGUUUGUCAACUUCUUUGGUGACAAGACUGAUUUUCACCCACUCAUGGACCAGUUCAUGAAUGACUACGUGGAAGAAGCCAACCGGGAAAUCGAGAAGUAUAACCGCGAGCUAGAGCAGCAGGAGUAUCACGACCUCUUUGAGCAGAAGCCUUAGAGGAAAGCUGCAGAAUGUCUACUCUGGAGAUGGACAAAACGGGGUGCCUUGACCUCGGUUCUCCUAGAGGUCCCUCCCUGGAGGGAUUUGUUCUCCUUGGCCUUUGUGUGCUGGCUUGAGUGCAUGUUGUCUUUAUUCUUUCUACAGUGCUGAAGAGCAUCACCUGCACCACUGAUUGAGGGGUGGGGGUCCUCAUGGCGGAUGAGCAUGAGGGACUGUCCUGUGCAUGUGGCUGGCAGUCCAGGACCUCUGGGUCUCUAAUAAUAGUGUCUUCUUUGGGCUGCUGAAGUACUGUGUGAGGCUGGGGAGAAGCAUUUGGAUUAAACAGAAGAGCUGCUGGGAUGCAGCAAACGGCUGCCCAAACUGGGGCUGCCGUAGGCCUCACACCUCAAGACACUGCCCCAGAAGAGCCCUACCCCCCAGUGCCUGCCUCCCUGGUCAGGCCCCUUCCAUUGAAGGAGCUGGCCCUGGGCCCAGUCCUGGGGGGGUGCAAAACAAGCCCUGCCCAAGCCCAACCCACAAGAGCCAGCUGCUUGGACUGAAACCAACAGUUCUAAAAUGAAGGGAUUUCCCUUACCGACUAAACUGAGGGAAAGGCAUGUUGCUUUCCAGAAUCAUGUGGCUUUUGAAUUGACAUAAGCAGUCCCCUUUGGGACUGGCUUUGAGGUCUCCUCAUGGCAUCACUCCAGUUUCCCUAAUUCAGAGGCCGGAGUAAACCUGCUGCUCAAACCUCCCUGGCGAUACUUUGCCUCACUGUUGAGGGGAGCGUCCUACAACAUCUUAGUUUUAGUCCCUGAUCACUUGUGGGACGUCUUCGAAGGGGUUCAGUCUCCAGCACUCAGCGGUCCCCUAAGCCUUGCCAGCGAAGGCCUGAUUUUCAGCCACAAACUUCAGGAAACUCAUGCUCCCAACCAUUGUUGCUGGCCCUGGAAUUGUUUGGCUCCUGAGGACCAGGAAUUUCAAAAAAUUCCAAUAUACAAAUUAGAAUUUGUUCCAGUGGCUUAGUUUUCAGCUGGACCAUAAAGCAGAGGGGAAUUCUAAGUAGUCCCAUGCAUGACCUCCAGGAUUCAUGUGGGAGAAGGGGAGCUCACAGGCUCUGAUACUUAGGUGAUGUCUGUUAGGACGUUAGCACCUCAUCUGCCUAGAUUAUAAAUGCUUUCUGAAUUUCACAUUUUUUUUUUUUUUUUGCAUGCCUUAGGAACAAGCACAUAGGCGAAACUAGCAAACUUUCCAGUAAUGUAGUGGGGGUUUUGAAAAAGGCCCCUGGUGCAGAGGAGAGUCAGAGAAUGGAUGGAGCACAUGUGUCUGUGUGCCUGGUCACAGAGGCCUGCACGCAAGCAGUAAAGUAGUUGUUACAGGCUUGUCGGCAACACGUACUUGUAUUAGAAAAGAACAAUUUGUAUUCAAAGCCAAGCGAACAAAAUUCCACGUACCAUUGGAUUAGAAACCUUGCGUGAAGAAAAGCUUCUGAAAAGGCCAUGUGCUCCAUUCCCAGCUCCCAAAGCUGCUGGUGACAAGGGCCCAGGUGUGGAGCCCAAGUCUGGGAGCCCUCGACUUCUGGCUGGCCAGAGGUUGGGGUCCACAACGGGCCUGCCUCUGCUCCAGAAUCAAUAACAUAGGUCUUAAGUGCAAUUGAUUAAGUAAGCAAUGAGUUACUGUAGCUUCCUUUAGCUCUGCCGAGCUCUUUUUAAAAACUCAAACUUGAGCAGCCUUAGAAAAGUGGGGGUGGGGGGGUGGGACCAUAGAUCAUUUCCUCAGGUGGGUUGCUGUGAGUUUUAAAUUAAUGCUCCAGAUCUAGGAGCUUAAGCCAUUUCCUGGCUGCUGCACAAGAGUUUUUAAAGAGGGGGUCGGAACCCGCCCAUAACAGCGGGUCUUCCACUGCGUGGGGCUUGUACUUACGUGGUGGUCUUGGUUUCUGACCAUUGUCCAUAGAAAUGCUCUCUCACCAACUUGCCCCACUGUCCCAAUUCCUCUCCUCUAAGAGGGAAAACUGAUUACCUCAACUUGAAUGUGAAACUGUGACUGAAAAAAGUCAAAACAUUGAGAAGUUUAAAGGCCAAAAGGCAAAACCGGCUGAGGCCUCCUUAGACGCUCCCCAGCCUGCUCGGGAGUGCGAAGGGGCACAUAGGUGAAAGGGCAUUCCUUGGGGCGCACUUUUUGUGCCCCUGCUGAAGAGGCACUAGCAGUGCGCAGCGUGAGCUCCUUGAGGACUGAGGCCAGGAGGACGCCGCCUCCCCGCGCUGCACUGCCCCUCCCGGGACCGCUGGGGGGCCCCUGGGUUCUGACUGUGACGUUGAAUAUCCACUUGAUUCCUCCGGGUGGGCACUCCAGGUGGAGGGCUGGGGGCUCAGCUGUCUCCAGAGGAAGGGCCCUAACACUGUGUUUUAGAUUUUGACCUGAGUGGAUACCAAGGACCCAGUAAAGACAUCGGGUGUGGGUUCCUAGGAACAGGCAAAGUCCUCCAGGGGCUUACAUGCUUUUGCCAACUUUCCUGUUAGCAGCUUCAGUUUUAUAUCAUCACCCAGAGUGAGAGUGAUAAUGUUGAAGUCGCUGAAGUUAUGGGUCAUCUUACAUUUUGAUGUGGGAUUUAUUUUUAUUUUUAUUUUCUUGGAAGGACGCAGAAAUUGGACAAAAGGGAUCACCCUAGGAAGGGAUCGCUGGCAAGGAGUCAAGUUGGCUCCGCCAAGCCCUGGGGGCUCUCUGACCCAAGGCCUGGACACUGGGCCCUGCGGGUCACAAGAAAAAGUUCCCUCCUAAAUUCUAUUAGGAUUUUGGAGAAUUUUUGCACAGUAAUAAGCUCUGAGUUGCUCUUCAGGCUUCUCAAAAGGGAAAAGUUAACUCAAAGAUUGUAAACUAUGAAGUAUUCCAGCCGCGUUGCUGACCUAGAUGGAUAGUUGUACCUCAAAAAGUAGGUGAGAAAUGGCUUCCUCAUUGUCCCAGGUUGUCAAAUACUAAUGACAGAAGAAGAGCUCACUUAUGUGCCAAAAUUCACUUUUAUACUAGUUUUUCAGUGCUUUAAUAUUUGUAACUUAAAUUUUAAAACUUGCAUUUACAAACACUACUGUAACUUCAGUGAAACUGAAUUGUGUGAUUGAAGCUUUUUGCUUAUAGUAUUUAUUACACUACUUAAUUCAGUAAAUAUAUAAAAGUAGCCUUCAAUUUAUUUUUGUAUUAUUUUACAUGUUUUACCUGCAGUUGUGUAUGUGAAUUACCUUGGUAACUGAGAUGUAAUGCUAAGGACCAAUAAACUAUCACUGAACAAGCA